ACAGCAAUACCCCCUAGAGGGGGGGACUGCUCCAUCACUCCGCCAAGCGGCAUCUCACUGGAGACUAAUUUCAGUCUGAGCUGUAGCAACUGGGAAAAUGACAACACCCCUCUGUCCUACCAGUUUCAAUACAGGCUAGAGAAUGGCUUGUACAAUGUGUUAUAUCGUGGCGCUAACAACAACAUAACUACCUCUUGGAUACCGCCUGGGAUCAGUACAGAUAAUUUUACUGUCAAAGUUAUCGCUACAGUAACCUACAAUUGUGGAAUUUCUGCCUCCCCAGUCUCUUUGAAAGUUCAGGUAGGUCGCUGACCAUUAGUUUAAUGUUUAGCGUGAAAGGAUGUGAGAAUAUUUGAAUUCUUUUAGUCCCUAUUAGUAAUAGAUUAAUUAUAGUUAUAGAUAACUACUUUUGACUUUUGCAGAUCAAGCCAUCUCCGAAUGUAACACCCGAAUUUAUCGCAAACCUUCGUGAGAAAUUCAUUAAGAUCAAAAACCUGAGAGAAGCGGCGCUAAUAGCAAACGCUUUAAUUCGAUCAGUUUCACAUGAAACCUCAAUGGAUUUGCAGGAGAAAUACAAGGUACUUUUCAAACUCAAUUCGUUAUUUAAAAAGCGAAACAAAACUAGUUCAUUCUGAUAGUAUCCGAAAAGCAAAGAGUUUGCCAGGGCCAAACGUGCAAAAAAAAUGAGAAGACAUUUGUAUGAAGAAAAUAAUAACAAUACAAAAAAAUCAACUUUCGAAGAACAGACAAGUAUAAUGCAUUAAAUAUAUCAACAUACUUUUGAGAAAAAUGGAGGCUUAUGCGUUAAAUAUCUGAUAUUUUUGCAGCACGAGAAUUGUUUCGUGCAUUUUAAGCGUUGACUUUCCAUUAUUCUCGCGAUUCACCUUCCGUUCUGACGAAUGAAGAAUGCUGAGGAGAAUGCUUUGAAUAAAUUUCAAAGGAAUACUUACAACGUCUUGAAAUUGAGGUUUAAAAAUACAUUUCAUGGGCAGAAAUCACCAAAUAUUCCUUUUUUUUUUCUGCUUGGACGUUUUCGGUGAUUUGAUGCAUUUAGAUCAAUCAUGCCCUUACAAAUCAUUUGAUGGGUUUUAACUGACAAUGUCAUAGGGAAAUCUGAUACGUUAAGUCUAAAUAUGUCUUUAGAUCAAUAUCUUUGGAACGAGCCUCACAUGGGGGAUAUAGUCUGGUUGCCUAUUUCUUUACUGGUUUCGAUAACUUUAAGCUAAAAUCUUUGUGGUUGUUUAAGGUGAUGAACGACAUCCUUGAUAAAAUUUCGCCCUUGGAAACGAAAACUGUCUUCGACCUGCUUCAAAAGUCAUCAGUUAUCGGCUCUGCUCUUCAGGUUGGGGAGAAAGUGCCCCAUCAGUUUUUGGUAAGUUAAUUACGUAAUAUUGUUUGGGGCUGGAAUAGCGUUGGUGGUUACGUCAAGUUUUCAUACCGUGAAACUAUUUGACCAGAAAAGCUCAAGAAAAACAGCAAUAACAACAACAGCAAAGACGAAGAAAACGGAAAUGAACAAGCAUAAAAACAAGCAACUAUUGCGUUAUCAAAUGAACCAACCUAUAGUUUUGUACAUACUUUAACUAAUUCGCCACAAAUUAUCUCUAGGACGGUCAUAGGAAAGAAAUCUGAAAGCAAGCAUUUUUAGCUUCAUUUAAAUUAAUUUGCACUCCACAGAAUUUCUCCUUAUCUGCUAUCAGUUCAAUGACGUCACGACUAUGGUCUCUUGCCCAGAAACAAGACGUAGCAGACAUACCACUGACGAAGCAAUCAGCAGAAAACUUGGCUUCAUGUCUUAAUAGCGUGUUGAAGGCAGCAGCAGUGAUUGCAUCAGAAAACUUCAAAUCAAGUUUUCAACAACUGGUACUGUAAUGUACAUUAGUCUUUAUUCAUUGGCGAAUGGUCCAUUGAUGAUUAUUGUAAACUUAACCGUUACUCCCUUCUUCAUUCAUAUUUGGGACCUUUUAAGGUUUGUUUGUAUGUAUGUUUGUUUUAAGCUUGCGAAAAUCCAUAGUUUGCUUACAUUAUAUGGUUAUUUAUGAAAUUUCUACAGGGUAAACUACUGGUGAAGAUUUCAAUGAAGGCCCUCGAGAAAGUUGCAGACUCAGUGUUGGCCUUGACAGUACCUGAUGAAAGAACGAUAUCAUUCACAGCGGGACAACUAUCCAUGACACUCGGAAGAUACAGCCUUCAUAGACUUUCAGGACUGAAAAUAAAAGCAGGAAAAGGCCAGUUUAUCUUACCGUCUAAAAGCCAAAAGUUACUCUCUGGAGUGAACAAAACAAGUUUUGUAAAUGUUCAGGUAAGUAUUCCUGCCCUUCAGGCAAAUUUCAAUCCAAGGUUUUUUUUUUUUUUGCAGAUACCGACACCAGUCAAGUUAAAAUAGCACUUAAAGGUUGCUUAUUACCUCCAGCAAUCAUAUUUCUUGUUUUGCUUUUGACGUGUUCAACUCUGGCACUUGGGCAACAAAAAAGAAUCGAGUCAUGUGACCGAAGUGGCCACAUGAAUGUUAUUUAUUUUUCGUUGUUUUUCAAAUAUAUUUUCAGUUUUAUUUUGAUCUCAACUUAUGAUAACUUAUGAUUAAUAGUAAGACGGAGUACCAUGUUUAUGUGUUCAAUUAUAGCAGUCCACAAAAACGAACAAGCAAAAUUCUUAAUUAUUCUUCUUUUAGAUGCUCUCAUUUUCUUUCAAUCCUUACACUUGGGACGCCACAAAGGAGCGAGUUAGCUCUGAUGUUGUAACCCUGCUCUUGAAAAAUAACAAUAGCGAGCUUAUUAAAGUAUCAAAUCUUACGGAAGACAUUGUUAUCGUCACGCCUUUAAAACUUCAGAAAAUCUCUGCUUCAGAAAAGUCAUGGUAUUUCACAAAGAACGAUGAUCUACGUUUCCACGAGAUAAACGUCAAGUAUGAAAACACCCUGCUGAUGCUGGAAAUCAAACCUCAAGAUCCAACCGUACAUCUGUUUGUCUAUAUGCGUUUUAGUCAGCGACCAACAACUCAAAACUACGACUUCAAUGCUAGUAUCUCUUAUGACAAAAAGUGUGUCUGGAUGAUAAGUGCUCAUAACAAAAGUGAAGGGCAAACAGUUUGCUCCUUGAAUCCACAUACACCGAUACAAGUUCUGGCUGAGCGUCCCGGGAAGUACUUUCUCGGCUUAAAAAAUUACAAUGCCACAGUGAACUUAUCUCAUAAAAGGGAGAAAAGAUCUUGUCUUGGUGGAAGGCGAAGGAAGCGCUCCUGCGUCGAAGUCAAAGAUCCACCACCCACCCCACCCCAGAGUGAAAAUGUCCCUGUGAUGCCAGUUUAUGAUUCCACAACAGACCAGAACUACACUCUGAAGGUGACCUUGGGUAGUUGUGUUUACUGGUCAGAAAAUUUUGACACGUGGAUAUCAUCUGGCUGUCGGGUAAGUGAAAAGUUAAGGGACGAUUUUCAGGACAAUCUUUUUUUUUUAUAAUUUGACAUUGUAUUCGACAAAGUUCAGAUGAUUUGAGCUUUCCUGAGUAUUGUUUGCAAAAGCAAGUCGUCUUGUGGUAGUCUUAACUCAUUAAGCUUAUCAUUGAAUUCAGGCUAAUCUUUGACUAGACAAAGUCGAAUCGAUUUGAUAACCAGCUGGGGCCUAGCAGCGCCUUGAAACAGAAAAGAUACAGUGUGAUCAGUUUUGACAGCCAAAAUGAUAAUUUUUAUUGUUAACAUCUUCCUUGUAUUUUAUAAUUUCAGGUUUUAGCAGAAUUAAAUGGAUUUUUAAACUGUAGCUGUAGCCAUUUGACGUCAUUUGGGGGAAGUCUCUUAGUCGAACCGAAUCCUAUUGACUUCGACAAGGUUCUAGUCGAGUUUCAGCAGUUAUCAGAAACUGGAAAUAUUGCAGUAAUCGUGGCUAUUGCGGUGGUUUUAUUGUGUUAUAUGACUGUGCUUGUUAUCGUAAGGAAAUUCGACAAGGAAGACGCGAAAAAUGUAAGUGUCGAACUAGAUUUUGCUUAGGACCAUUGUUUUAACAGAGCAUGCUCUCCAGUAUAACCCUUUCACUUUCAUGAUCUGGUCGUCAAUUCUCUCCUCCGGUUGCCAUACAUCUUUUUUUUUUUUUUUUUUUGUUAAAAAAGUCAUGAAAAGUUGCUUAUAGAUCAAGAUAACAACUUCUCCCUGAUAAAUUUGAAUAUUCUCAUAACCUUGUACCUGGAUAGUGCGCGGACAUUUUUGGGAGAAGUUACAUGUUGAAAAUCUUUGGGAGUUAAACGGUUUAAAUAAAAAAGGUUUUAAUGUUGAUAACAUAAUUAGUUUUCAAGGAUUUUUGAGAUUGAAAUUUUAACUUGAAACUGCGUUGAGCAUGUCCUUGAAAAAAAAUAAUGUUUAAAAGUGAAGUGACAGCUAAUUAAAUUAAACUGUUUACAAAGUUUACGGGUUUUUUUUCUCUUUUUGGAAUGGGACAAAAAGGCGAAUUAAGAAUACAAAUUAGCUAGCUGUGUUAAGAACUCAUGGUGUAUCAUGUUUUUCUAGAGGGAAUUACCGAUCCAACUUCCAUCAUCUUCAAGCAGCACCUAUGAAUACGUUAUAGUGGUUACCACAGGGGCUUGGAAAAACUCCAGCACGACUGCUCAUGUUGCUUUGGAGAUCUACGGUUCUGAAGGAAAGAGUGGUAUUCUUCAGCUUAGCCAAGAAGAGCCUGGUGCAGUUCAAACGUUAUUCUCUCGAGGUAAUUCAGAUGUUUUUGUACUUUAUGUUAACAAAUCGCUUGGUUCGAUUCAAGAAUUACAGAUUGGACAUGAUAAUUUUGGAGAUGAUCCCUCUUGGUACCUGGAGGAAAUUGUCAUUCGGGACGUACAAUCCAAGCAGUCGUGGAAAUUCAUGGCCAAUCAGUGGUUUGCUCUUGAGCGCGGAGACGGGCGCAUCGAGCGAAUAAUCGACAAGAACUCAAAUCAUCUGGAUUUUGGCGAUGAAGUUGCAAGACGUUGGCGAAGAGGCCUCGCGGAGUGGCACAUUUGGAUUUCAGUGGCAGCCAAGCUAAGAAAAAGCCACUUUACAAGAGUGCAGCGGCUUUCUUGCUGCCUUUCAGUACUUUUGACAUCCAUGUUUGCUAACGCGAUGUUCUAUAAGUUAGAAGGCAAAUAUGAACAGCCUAUCCAAGUCGGACCGCUGAAAAUGUCGUGGAGACAAGUGGUGACUGGAAUUGAAAGCGCGCUCCUUGUGACGCCCAUAAACAUUGUCAUAGUGUUUCUGUUUCAGAAAGGAGCUGAAAAGUCUGCGAAGAACAAUGACCAUUGUCUCAAAGGUACCCUGAUCUGUGGUGUCGCUUGGUGUUUGUUAUGUUUUUCUUGUACUGUUUCGGCUGCGUUUUCAAUUUCCUACAGUCUAAUUUGGGAAAAGAGUGUCAGUGAGCAGUGGCUGUCUUCGAUGUUUAUUUCAUUCGCACAGGAUGUAACAAUCAAGGAACCAGUAAAAGUGUUCUUCACAGCUUUAACAUUCGCGGCCAUUUUAAAGAUAAAGGCGAAGAGAUCAAAAGUACACGCCUGCGAAGGCCCUCAGCAAGUUAAAACUGGGUACUAUAAGAAACAUUUUUGGGCACUGAAAUUAUCAGAGGUGGAAGAGAUGAGGAGACGACAAGUUAAGAAACAGAACCUGGCACGUUAUUUCACAGAGUUGGGUUUAUACUUGGUCUUCGCUUUCUUGCUUAUGGCAGUGUGUUAUGGAAACCGAAAUGACCAUCGUUACUUCAUGACGAAAUCAAUCCGAGAUGGACUACCAAACUUUGACAAGGUGAGUAGACAUUAUUUCAUUACCAUAAUUCCGUUGCUAAAACUCGCGUGUUAAAGCGGCUACCUCAUACAAACAUACUAUUUAAGGGGUUGGGUACCAUGGGAAUGAGCACGUGGGAAUAAUAGUCUACAGCAUGCCCAUAAAUACUAACUCGUUUGUGUGACUCAAACCGGUUCUACUCAUCUAUGCAUACUAUACUGUACUUAAAAAGUAUAUAUAUAUAUAUAUAUAUAUAUAUAUAUAUAUAUAUAUAUAUAUAUAUAUUUCUAUUUCUAUUUCUAUUUAUUCAUUUAUUUAUUUAUUUAUUCAUUUAUUUAACCCAAUGAUCUUCUAAUAAUCCAGGUGACAAACAAUACAAUGUACUGGAACUGGUUACAGCGUGUUUUCAUCCCGGGAGUGUUUUCUUGCAGAUGGUAUAACGGUCGAAACGAAGAGCAAACAAUCUAUAUUGGUAAUAAACACUCUCUUCUUGUCGGAAUGGCUCGAGUACGGCAGCUUAGAGUGAAAGCGAGUAAGUUUUUUCCAUUCUUACUUUUUUUGCAUUUCAGUGCUGCUGAACAUUGUAACAAUUGUCUAAAGAAGUGUUUACAUAGCUAGGUUUUGUUUAUGAACGUUAUUUAAAUUUGGGUUUUAAUGGUGGCGUUCCUUUGUUCCGUAGGCAAAUGCUACUUUGAAUGAUAAUAACGGAAAUGUCCAUGUCUAUUUAAAAGUACGAAAUUUGACAAACCGCUGAGUGAAAUGGAUACCAAAACAAACCUUCUGAUUAUGACCAUUUGUUUUCUAACUUUCAGCUCAAUGCAAAGUCCUAAAUUAUAUGGAAACAUCGUUCCAAGAAUGUUUCAAGGGAUACUCUACAGAGAACGAAGACAAGACCGCCUACAGCAAACCUGGCUGGAGGCCUGUCGACAAUGCUUCGAGGAAUGACGAGUUAUUACUACUUUGCCCGCAGCCAUGGCGAUAUCAACAUGCCAAGAAAACCGACACUACGCCCAGGUGGGGACAGUUCUCCUUUUAUGAUGGAGGAGGAUUUGUAGCAGACCUUGGGUAUGAAAGCCAUACGGGAUUCAGCAUAAUAACAAGUUUACAGAACAACGGUUGGCUCGACAGAAAAACGAGAGUUGUCCUGGCAGAGUUUUCGACAUUCAAUCCGUCGGUGAAUAUUUUAGGUGUUGCCACAUACUUCUAUGAAGUUGAUGCAUCUGGACUGAUAGCAGCCUCCAUGCAAACUCGUGUUCUUUCACUUGAUUCUACGGGAACACCCUCCCAUCAGUUUUAUUUUAUUUGCUUGUUUCUGUACAUUGUAUUUGUUUUACUGUAUUUUGUUAGAGAAAUUUUCAGGCUUUACAAUCAUCGUUUUCGAUAUUUCAAGCUCAUGUGGAAUUGGAUCGAGAUAUUCCAAAUUGUCUUCUCUCUGAUUGCCGUGGUGAUGUACAUAAUACGACAAAGUAAAGUCAUGUCAACCAUGGGCAAACUGCAUAGAAACAUUUACCAAAAUCUAAGUUUCCAAGAAGCUAUCACUUGCCAAGAAGUGGAAAAUGUCGUACUUGGAAUUCUCUCUUUCAUCGUCACCACCAAGCUAUUGCGGAUCAUUCGCUUCAACAACUAUGUUGUUCUAUUCUCCAAGACAUUGAAGACAUCUGCACGAUCUUUGUCAUCCUUUAGCAUCGUUUUAUCCAUUUUCUUUGUGGCAUUUUUGCACUUCGGUGUCUUGAUGUUUGGCUCCGUAACUGAGCGCUACUCUUCGGUUCUGAAAGGAGCUUAUUUCCAACUCGAGCUAACUCUUGGGCGAGUGAAAGCUAGACCAAUCAAUGAAUUGGCACAGGCUAACACCAUAUACGCCAAAAUAUUCGCCUUCCUAAUUCUCUUCACUCUGACCAUUCUCUGUAUGAACUUCUUUAUCGGCAUAAUCAACGAUGCUCUUUUGGAUGCUAAGAACAACGUGAGCGAAAGUGAACUGUAUGAACUUAUCGUUGAGAACCGUUGCUCGAGCUCAAAAGAGAGAACAAAAUUUUUCGAUGCCAUCAGUAAUACAUUGAAACAGUCGAGGACCUCCAAAACGUUGGCAGAAGUGAAGGACAAAGAAUUAGGAAACGUUGGCCUUGACCCCAAGAACAGUUCCAAUCUCAACUUUGAUUUAACAAGUCAAACUGUCGUAGCUUGGGGGAAGAAACGAUCUAGAGAAACAAUAGAUAAACAGCAAUGCAGUAAAGGGAGACAAGCAUUGUUCGACAAGAUAAGCAACAUGUUAAGAUCUCUGAAAAGUGAAAGCAAUGACGACUGCAGCAAACGUGUAGAAAAAAAGAAAGUAAGAUUUCUAGAGGAUGUCGUCGAAUCUUCCCUCUGUAAAUUACGGAGGAGACAGCAUGACCUGUUACAGCGGCUGGAGAGUAUUGUUUCAGGUUUCACAACGGAAGACGAAGAAUUUGAUUAUUUAUUAAAAACAGCAGAGGCUCAUAACCACUAG